CGCCUCCUCAGUAGAACUACUUAAAGCUGUAACACAUCAAACUGAAAUUCAGUUGUAUCCCUCCGUCAACAUGUAUCUCCUGGCGCUGAUGUUCGGGAUUCUGCUUCUACCUGAAGCCUCCACCCUGACAUGUUAUGAGUGUAUACCGGAUGACUCGGAAACGUGCAACGAAACAAUCAAGGAAUGCCCAAAGGGUCAACAGUGUGCUGCAAUGAGACUUGUUUCAUACGAAGGUGGUUUAAAAGUUGUUGAAAACUCAAAAGGAUGUGCUGUGGCCAAAGACUGUGGAGAGUAUUCGAUCAACUAUGGAUUCUCCAAACUCAAAGUUACCAACCGGUGUUGCACCACUGCACUCUGCAACACCCAGCUGCCCCCAGAACCCCAAUCCAAACCAAACGGUAAACAGUGCUACUACUGCGAUGGACUAACGUGCACCAACAUCCUAAACUGUGAGGGGAACGAGGACUACUGCUUCUCAAUAACAGGCUCCCAAGGAGAAGUAAGUGCGACCACGAAGGGUUGUGUGUCCAAGCAGCUGUGCACCGGAACGACAUCUUCCUGUUGCCAGGGGAACCUCUGCAACGGCGCCAGCAGCUGCAGCGCUGGCCUGGUUCUGCUGGCCGCCCCGCUGCUCUCUUUGCUCGUGACCUCUUAUUAACUCCUGGAGACGCUGGAACUAGGGAGGGCACCAUAUGAGGAAAAUAUGUAAUUGAGCAAAUAUGUAAUAUGUUAGCAGCAAGCAUUUUGUUCCCAAAUGUCUUAAUUAGUUUUAAUAAGUUUUUAAUAAGUUUUG